AUGGUUCUACGCAUGUCAAAGAGACAGCACAUGGGAGCAUUAGUGCAAGAACCAGAGAGAGGGUCCAUGACGCAGAUACUCCGACCCUCAAGUCAGGAUCAGAACAGAGCGAAAAGUACGAUCUGGAUUGAUCAGGACCGUCGGAUCAGAUCUGGGGAAAUAAAAACCACAAGCACGCAUCUUCUUCUCCUUCGCUCGGUUUCUCACGCUGCGAAGGCUGGUACGCCACUUCUCCCUCCUUCGCCAUCACUCCACCAAAGGGGCCGGCGGUACGCCACCACUCCACCGCCGCCGGCCGGCCAUCUCCUCUCCAUCUUCCCACCGUCAUUUUCUACCCGCGAUUCCAGCCAACGCCAUCAUUUCCUCCAGUGGCUCUUCGUGAUUGUCUACCCCGACGUGCCGACACCAGCAUCCAGGCCACGACGGAGUUUCUCUACUUCAGAUCCAAACCGCAACCCUCUUCUCUUCGGGCUAGAAGAUAAGGGGUCCUUCAUAGUCAACAUCCGGCCACGACAUCUCCAAGAUCUGGCCGCCCUAAGCAAGCAGCGGUCCUCUUUCAGAGAGCUCUUCACUUUAUGCUCAGCACCGGCUUCCCACAGACAUCUCCGGCCUUCAUCAGAUUCUGAACAGCAAGCUUCUUCUUCAAUGGAGGAGAUCACCAAGGAGUUUGAGGAGAGGAAGAUUGAACUCGAAGCUAAGGCUCUAGAGAUCUAUCAGGCCUCAGACGCUGAUAUCAAGGUCUGCAUUACUUGUCAAAGUUAAAUUUGAUCGAAAUUCCAUAAAGAACAAGGUAUGUGGCU